AUGGAAGGUAAAGAAAAUAGAGCAGUUUGUCGAGCGCGAAUUUCGGAAAUGGCAACAAAUAUGGAUGAAGAACAGGUGCUCCGGGAGUGCGAAGCUUACGUUCAAACCCAUAAUAUUCAACAAAUUCUGAAGGAUUGCAUAGUUCAGCUGUGCGUCCGACGUCCUGCCAACCCCAUUUCCUUCUUGAGAGAGUACUUUCAAAAACUGGAGAGGGUCGUGGAGCAUUUUGGCGGGAAAUUCUUCUCCUGCAAUCUCGGCAACGCCGCCCUCCCAACACUUCCCCUCCCACGCCGUCUCCCGUCCUUCAUUUGUUUGGCGCGAACUGCUGUUGGGCUGCUGAAGUCGCGAUCGCGCGUCGAAGGUCGAGGACUACUGGAGGUUGAAGGAGGAAAAAUCGCGCGAUUCAGGUGUUUUGAGUGCGGUUUUCUGACGGGCGUUGCAGCAAGAGCAUCAAGGGUGGCGGCGCAACAAACGCUUUCCGUCCGGCCGUCCAAGGCUAACAUGACGUUGCCCGUGGUAACGGUGGAGGGGGUGGUUCAUAUAUGUACCAGCAGGCAUUUAUGGUGGUACACAUGCUUACCAACAGAACAUCUAAUGCACCUUCUUCUUGUUGAUCCCUCCACAGGAAGAUGUAAUGCUGAAGCACCAUAUAAUUUUCUUUUUCUUGAAGGGGCGCCUUCUUUUGGUAAUGGUAAGCUUGUAUUUUGUAUACCUUCAGAUAUUAAUUCUUCUGCAAGUGUGGUGAGGAAAGAAAGAAAAGAAAUGUUCUCAUUUUUACGUCUCAUUUGA